CCGCCCCUCAACCUCGUCCCACGCAGGGUCACGAGCGAGUGCUGAAAAGGCGCUGGAACAAGAGCUGCUUGUGUUGGUUCUUCUGGGCUUCGCAUGGGGCGGGCGGAGGGAUCGGCAGGGCGCGCGCCGAGCAUCGCUUAAGCCUCGCGAGUCGCGAGUCGCGGUCGCUCUCGGGAUGAGGCGCGGGGAGCGGCGGGGUCACGGAGGCGCCUCCGGCAAAGCGGCACUGGAGGAAGGGCAGCCGCCGCCGCCGCCGCCGCCCCCCCCGAACGGCGCUUCUCUGCCGGUUGGAGAGGGGCCGCGCGGGGACUCGCCACCAGUGGCAGCAGCUACAUCGGCGGCAGCGCCAAACGCCGCUGUCGUCACUCAUGGCGACCGGCGCAGCACUGAGUCCGAAGUGUACGACGACGGGACCAACACCUUCUUCUGGCAAGCUCACACGUUAACAGUCCUGUUUAUCCUUACUUGCACCCUGGGCUAUGUGACCUUGCUUGAAGAAACGCCACAGGACACAACCUAUAACACAAAGAGAGGUAUUGUAGCCAGCAUUUUAGUUUUUUUGUGUUUUGGAGUCACUCAAGCAAAAGAUGGUCCAUUUUCAAGACCCCAUCCAGCUUACUGGAGGUUUUGGCUAUGCGUCAGUGUUGUCUAUGAGCUUUUUCUCAUCUUCAUACUUUUUCAGACUGUACAUGAUGGAAGACAGUUUAUGAAAUUUAUUGAUCCUAAUUUAGGAGUCCCUUUGCCAGAAAGAGACUAUGGUGGAAAUUGCCUUAUAUAUGACCCCAAUAAUGGAACAGAUGCCUUUCACAAUAUUUGGGUAAGAUGCAUCACUUUCCUGGGCCAGGAGCAGAAGCCAACCGCCCUCCACCUGGGUCGUCUGGAGAACGGAGCCAUGCACCCUCAUGAAAAUGCGAUAAUGGUGGUUUUCAGCCGGUUCCAAGCAGCACCCAAAACGCUUCCGCCGCCCACCUGCCAGUGUGCAGCGACUGAAAAUGCGAUGCUCAUUUUUGGCAAACUCUGCUUCCUGGAACCGCCAGAAAACACACUAAUGAUUCGGGAUUGGUGGAUGUGCAUGAUUAUCAGUGUAAUGUUUGAGUUUCUGGAGUACAGUCUAGAACAUCAGCUUCCAAAUUUCAGUGAAUGUUGGUGGGAUCAUUGGAUUAUGGAUGUAAUCUUAUGCAAUGGACUUGGCAUUUACUGCGGAAUGAAGACAUUGGGGUGGCUUUCUUUGAAAACAUAUAAAUGGCAAGGACUUUGGAAUAUUCACACAUAUAAAGGUAAAAUGAAGAGAAUUGCCUUUCAAUUCACACCAUACAGUUGGGUUAAAUUUGAGUGGAAGCCAGCAUCCAGCCUUCGCAGAUGGCUAGCAGUGUGUGGUAUUAUUUUUAUUUUUUUAUUGGCAGAGUUGAACACAUUUUACUUGAAAUUUGUCCUAUGGAUGCCUCCAGAACACUACUUGGUCCUGCUGCGACUUGUCUUUUAUGUGAAUGUGGGAGGAGUAGCCAUGAGAGAGAUCUAUGAUUUCAUGGAUGAUCCGAAAUUCCAUAAGAAGUUGGGUCAGCAAGCUUGGCUGGUUGCUGCUAUCACAGCUACAGAGUUCCUUAUAGUGGUAAAAUAUGAUCCAUACACUUUAACACUGUCACUCCCUUUCUACAUUACUCAAUGUUGGAUCCUUGGAAUGAUGCUUGUGCUUGCGUGGACAGUUUGGCGCUUUUUCAUUCAUGACAUCACCUUACGGUAUAAAGAGAUAAGAAGGCAAAAGCAAGAACAUAAAUUUGGAAAGGAUAAGUAUUUAAGCAAUGGUGAUGGACAAUCUGUACUGGUAAAUGAAUACCUGAAGAAUAAACUAAGAGAGAAAAAACUUUGAUCCUGAGUAAUCGGUGAAGGGCUAAGAGGGUUGAUUUUCUUGAUUUGCAAGUUUAACCCUCCCUCAUUUUGUAAUUUUCAAUGUUUUCUCAUGUGUGAGAAUCCUUUUGGAAAAGAUGCCACUUAAUCUCUUUUGAGGAAAGUGUUUACAACUAACUGUAGAAGUAGUGCUCCUUCCACAGGGGAACCUCAAACCAAGCGUGGUAAAUGUGGGUGCCACCUCACAAAGAGGAGGAUUGGGGAGGCUUUAACCGAUACAAAGGCCUGCCUCCCCAUUCUGGAAAACUGUUACCAUUUGGGUCAUCAUGAACAUGUUUUAUGAAAUAAAUCGGUGCACUGUGAAAAGCAGUUUGAUGUUUUCUGCUGAAACUAGUUUAAGCUAUAGUGAUAAUGUUUAUGUUCUUAUGAUUCAUUUAACAAUACAAAAAAGAGGAAUGCAACUGAAGUAUGAGAACAAACUGCAAAAUUUGCACAGUACGCUACUGCAGCCAGCCUUUGAAAGUCCUGAAUUUAGCUGCCUGGAUCUCAAAGCAAAGGUGCUUUACUUUGAACAACUGGCUAGUACAUUACACUCUCAAAUACCUCUUUGUCGACUGUCUCUUUAGGAAAGGCAUCUUUUUAGAAAGGAUGCUGAUUAGCCAAAUAGUGAAAAUGAAGGCAAAAGCAGGUAGAAAUGUGUCCUAGUCUUAGUCAUAUGAAUCAAAGUGAAUCUUAGUUUUAUUCCUCUGCAAAUGAGAUACUUACUGUUCUUGCCAGGACUAUGUUUGGGUGUUGCUCCUCUGUCGAAUAAACCAAAAUAUAUGACAUGGAUGUUCAGAAUCAUUUUUUUAAACUUCUAGAAUAGGGAUGGGCCUAAGUGUCCUUUCAGAUAUUAUCAAAUAGUUCUCAUCAAUCCAGCUAGCAUGGCUACCUGUGCUGGAUGAUGGGAGUUGCCCAUCUCUGUUGUAGAAAUUAAGGCAGGAAGAUUAUGGGCAAGUGGUAUGAGCAUAAUCAGCCACUAAAUGCUGAUAGAAGUAUAUUAUCAUCUCUCAAGCCUCUAGACCAAGAGCAGCAGCUGUCUUGCUUGUCACAUUCUCUCAAAAUAAUGUUUGUUUUAUGAACAUCUUGAAUUGUUUUCAUAUUUUUAAAACAGCUAGGUCAAUUUAACUUACAGGUAACACUGAUUUUUAUCUUAACACUAUAAUUGAAUCUCAAAUAAUUAGACUUGGGGGAAUUUAUUUUGAAAUGUUUUAUUCUUUGGACAUGCAUAUAAGCUAAAAUGCUGUAUUUUUACUUGCCUCUUCUCCCUGUACGAUCUCAAAGUGCCGCUACUUAAAGCACAGUGCAUAGAUCUUGGCUCCCUUUUAUGAUAAUACUUGAACUGCAAAAUAAGACUGUCCUUGCCUUGUUUCCAGGAUACCACUAAUAUUCUCCUCUUAAACAAAGGACGCUUUCAGGAAAAGAAAAAAAAAUCCAUAUAAAUGAAUGUUGAAAAGUUCACCAGAAGCCACAGGUUGAAAUUCUUCAUUGAAUAUCUAGUACAUUUCAAUUUAAGAUUUACAUAGUCUCUAUCUGUUUUGUACUAGUAGAUUCUGCCCCUCUUUGUAAUUUUGUAUUGUAAAGUCUUUCAUGUAAUUCUGGUGGUAACAAGUGCAAUGGGGAAAAACUUGAAAUAAUUUUGUUUUGUUUUUUGUUGAGGAAGUAAUUGUGUAAAAACUGAAGUAUGUGAAAAAUGCUACUUUUGUUUUCAAAAUUGAAGUUGACUUACUCUCAAACCAUUACUUUCAUACUGAUCUUUAUGUUCAUGAAACAGUCUUAAAAUUAUAGUAUGGCAAAUUGAACAAAUGUAAUAAAAGAGUAUUUGCUGGUA